GGUAGUUACUUCCGAUGUAAUCCUUCCCGAAGGUAAUCUAUAAAUGUUCAAAAGAAAAAGGGGAAAAAAAGAUGGAGAAGAUUCAAGAAUUGGCGUAGUCAACCGACGUAACAGACUGCCCAACGACUAGAGAGAGAGAGAGAGAGAGAGAGAUGGGGUGCUUCGCUUGCUUCGACGGAGGCAACAAGCAAAGGAGAAGGGAAGAAGAAAGGGUGGCCUCUGAAGAAGCUCGCGCUAAAGCAGCCGAAGCCGCCCAGAAAAGGCAAGAGCAAUUUGAAAAGUCUGCUGCAGGAAAAGCUGCACGUGCACAGCUACAGGGAAUGGCAAAGCAAUCUGCAAACUCUAACAAAGGCGAACCUGCUCUAAAGUGGCAGAUCGGUUGAGAUGAAGCUUUUUUUUUUUUCCAACUCAAAAUGUCUAUCGUUUAUGAUAAGAUUCAACUCUCUAUUUCCAGUUUCUUUUCUUGGAGACCCAACAGCCCGACUUCAGAAUGAACAUAUCAUUAAAUCCUAAGUUUGUGUUUGUUCUGUAAUAUUCCACCAAGGCUUUCUGUAUUUUAUCCUUUCUUGUCAUCCCCGUGUGGAAAGCUCUCAUCCUCUUUAGCUUUGUACAAAACUCCAGCUUCAUGUAGCUCAAAAUUGCUGAGAUAGAAUGGUACAGGUGUGCUUCAUGACUAAAUUCAUUAUGAUACAUAUUUAAGCUAAGUUUUAUUCCGAA